AUGUCGACCCGAAAUUCCUCGUCAUUGACGGGUCACGCGACACCAAUGGAACCCCGAAAACCCACCACCAGAACGGUCUCGCAACGAAAAGUCUACGGCAAACGACGAAACAACGCACCAAGAGCCGUCUUCGAGAAAAACAGCCCUGCAAGAGCAAAGCCGGUGCCUACAGAUAUGAAUGACACCGUCGAGGCCCUCCAGACAAAGCUGGCCAAGGUGUCAAUCAACGAUGAGCUGGUCCCUGAGCAGCAGGAUCCCGACACUGCAUCCCAGGUGAACGAGAUCCAGGAAGAUGGCACCAUUGAAGAUGCUUUAUUAGCGCAAUUGGCUUCCAGUCUGAAAAUCACACCGGAAUCUAUCAACUCCUCCAGCGAGAGUUCGCCACCCAAAGCGCCAGCUUCGAAACAACGGUUCUACGAGACAAUGGUGGAAGUUCGAAUCUACCAGCAGGCUGCAAAGAAGAGAUCUUCAAAUACUGAGAAACUGGAAGGAGACACUCCGGCCAUAGAGAGGAAAACACCAAGGAAAAAGAAAACUCAUCCCUCGGCACGAAGAUCAUCCGGGUUUGUCCACGACACCAAAGCAAACGCCUACGUUCGUCCUAUCCUCAACGAAGCUCUAUCUCCCAUUGCAUCUCAAAGUAUCCAAAAAUUCAGCACAUGGGCCUCCCGCUCCGCAACAAUGUUCCAAGUUGCCAAACUCGCCGAAGGCUCCUACGGCGAAGUAUACAAACUCCACCUCCGCGACGAAGCCUCUCGACCCCCAGUCUCCAAGUCUAAGCUUGCUAGACUCCGCGCAUAUGGUGAUGGUGUUUUCAAAGUGGUCCCGCUCUGCGCACAACGUGGGCCGCGCUCGAAGAAUUUCACUUCCAUCGCUGAAAUUGUCUCCGAGGUCAAGAUGUUGAAGUACCUGGAUCCGAUUCCUGGCUUUGCACGCUUCAGAGAGAUACAUGUUGUGCAAGGUCGCUUCCCGGAGUCGUUCCAGAGUGCGUGGGAUCAUUAUAAAGAGACGAAGGAUGACUGUUGGAAUCCUGAUCCGUCUAGUAAGAAGGCGUAUCCGGAUACGCAGUUGUGGGCUAUCAUUGAGAUGGAUGAUGCGGGAUGCGAGUUGGAGAAGUUUUGUUGGUCCUCGAUAUUCCAGAUCUAUGAUAUUUUCUGGGGCGUGGCGAUGGCUUUGGCGAGGGCCGAGGAAUAUGCGAUGUUUGAGCAUCGCGAUCUUCAUUUGGGCAAUGUCUGUAUCCGCUCCGCUCGGCCAGACGGCAAGAUGAAUCCUCCAACAGAACUCGACAUUGCACGCCAAUCUUCACCUAGUGGCUUUGGCUACAGCUGUCUUGAGACUACCAUCAUCGACUACUCGCUCUCGCGCGCUGAUCUACGUCUAGCAGAUCUACCGGAUGACCCUGAGGGUAUCGUAGAGAUCGCAUCGUCCGAUCUAGACAAGAGGCAGAUUUUCGAUGCCAUUGGUGAAGACGAGGAUGAAGCCCUGUUGAGAGACACAUAUCGCUAUAUGCGUGCAACACUAUACACCGGUAACCCAACCGAAACAGAGAAGACCCCGGACAUCCCAGGUAUCUGGGCGGAGUACGUGCCGCGUACGAACCUUGUCUGGCUUCUCUUCCUGCUCAAGAACCUCUUGAAGAAUCGCAAGCCCGAGCCCACAGAACCCGUUUCUGCGCCCCAGCGCAGAGCCCUUGCAUCUUGCUCUCCAAAUCUGGCAAUGAGUCCGCAGUCAAAGGGCAAGGCGCCGAAGGCGAAAGACAUUAGCGUGGAAGGUGAUCUUGUCAGACAGCGACAGACCAAAGAUAUUCAUGCCCGAGUCUCACAACUCAAGCAGACGCUCGAGGAUAGGCUGAAGGAUGUUCUUGGUCUUUUGGAUCUCGAGCAUGGUCACGAAGAUAUGUGUUGCGCGGCGGAUCUGGUUGCAUAUGCGAUGGACUCGGAGUGGCUGGCGAAGCAGGACUUCUUCUGA